AACGUACACCUCCGCCCAUUGGGUCCAAAGUUUCUGAUGACGUAGCGAGCGAUCUAGUAGGGCACGUACUGAACGUCAAUGCGGUAGUGGAACGAAACGGAAGAACACAGGUUGGAAAGGGCUGUGGAUUUUUCAAUCCCGUUUACAAAACUGUCUCCAACCGGACCUCUACGAAUUUUAGGAAAGCCAGAGGCCGCUAUACAACAUGGGAAACGCAGAGAGCGGCUGCGGAGGUGGUAGUGGGGACGAGGAGGAUGUCGAAGCCGAGAGCCCCGGGUUCGCGGAAGGCAGUCCGGCCUCUGCGGCCACGGGCGUCGGCGUUGCUAACAGUGGAGGCUCUGGUUCUGGAAGGAGUGGAAGGGGAUCGAAUAACCCUCCAGUGCCGGGCUGCGGACCACCUACCCCAGGGGUGCUUUUAGAGCAAGUCAAACUGAGGGAGGCGGCGGCCCGCAUUAGCGAUUCGGGGGUCGCCAUUCCUGAGUCGGUCCUGGCCGGGAAUGAGGGCGUCCUGGUGCGGUGGCUCGAGGACCGGUUGAGCCGGGGAGAGGAGUCUGUAAAUGUGGAACAAUUUUGCGAGAUGCUCGAGAGCCGAGACGCACCGCGAGAUGAGUGCGAAGAGGCCUUUGGUCAGUUUGACGCAGAGGGAGAUGGAGUGGUGGACGUUGAGAACAUGCUGAUGGCUCUGAAGAACUCCAAUGGGGCCAAUCUACAGGGAGAGCUGAGUCACGUGAUCCGACAACUCCAGGCAUGCACCCUAACCCCAGGAUUCGUUGACAUAUUCUCCAAGUCCAAAGACAGGUUGGGAGCGCACGCCUCAAAGAUCCUAAAGUUCCUCCACAGGAACCGUAUUCCCAGUAGUGCCAUCCCUUUCCCUGUUCUAGAGGGAUACAACAGUAUUUGUACCAUGAGGUCUACUGUGGUGCAGGACUUCCUAGAGUUCCUCCUUCAGAAGGAGAAAGACUUAGACAUCCAGUACAGGGCAGAGUUGAACCGGGACCCAGAGGUGGAUAAAGUGAAGGUGGUCACACAGUGCUACAACUUCAUAGAAGCUUCGUCCAAUGCCGCGGACAUCCACAAGAUGACCAACGGAGAGACUGUGACCUUCUGGCAGUCAGACGGCAGCGCCCGCUCACACUGGAUAAGGUUGAAGAUGAAGCCGGACGUGGUGCUGCGUCGCCUGGCCAUCGCAGUGGCAUCCAACGACCACAGCUACAUGCCCCAGCUGGUGUCGGUGGCCGUGGGCAAGAACCGGCGAUCGCUGCAGGAGAUCAAGGAUGUGCGCAUCCCCUCCAACGUCACAGGUUACGUGGCCCUGCUGGAGAACGCCAACAUCACUCACCCCUACAUCCAGAUCAACAUCAAGCGGUGCCUGAGUGAUGGUUGUGACACGCGGAUCCACGGGCUGAAGACCCUGGGCUACCAGAUCACCAAGAGUAAAGAGGUGUCUGUGUCUGAUGCCUCGGCUAUCUGGUACCUGUCACUGCUCACCUCCCUGGUCACAGCCUCAAUGGAGACCAACCCUGUCCUGGCACAGACUGUCCUACAUAGCACACAAAAAGCCUUAAAGCACAUGCCACCACUGUCCUUAACGCCGUCGUCCACCGAGUUCCCCAAGUUCUUCUCCAUGAACAUCCUCGAGGAGGUGGACGGGUUCCUGCUCAGAAUAGCAGAUUGCUGUGUGACCCCUGAUGCAGAACUGACCCUGUUGGCCUUUGCCCUGGCCCGGGGCAGUGUGGCUAAGAUCCUCCAAUCCCUGUCUGGUAUCAGUGAGCACCUGGAGGCAGAGUACAGAGCCUCGUCCCUCAUCUCCUCCAUGGCCUCAGUCAGACUGCGCCUGCUCUAUCGCAACGGGAAGACCCUUCAGUUGCACCUGCAGGCCUGUGAUGUGAAGGGCAAAGAGGAGAAGUCGGGACCAGAGAACAUGCUGACUGAAUCCGCCGCCACUGGAGACGGGUUUCUUACAGAAAGUGGUAAGAAGAGAGCUAGCGUGAUCCUGUCUACAGAAGACCAGAGCAACUUCCAGGUCACUCAGAUGAAAGUUAAAGUCCGUAAAGGUGCCAUUGGAGCAAAGUGUGGCCUGGUGUUUGCUUACAGUGAAGGAGACACCUUUGAUGCAGAAAAACACUUCAAGAGGUUUAAGAAGUAUGACUCCUGGAACUACAAGGACUACAAGGAGUUUGUGCAAGACAAUCUGAGGAUUCCACUGCAGGCGGAGGAUGAGCCCAUUGGCUGGUUUGAGCUGGAGGAUGACUGGAACGAUGUGGAGAUCAAACUGCAGACUUGUCGCGUUGCAAAGUUCCUGAUGGUGAAGUUCCUGUGUGCGCGGCAGGACAGUGCAGAGCGUCUGGGCGUCCAGUCCCUGUCCUUCAGUGGGUACCUGUGUCCCGGGGCCGAGAGGCUGGAUGAUCUGGACGACCUGAGCCCACAAGGAGAUGGCUCAGAGGGGGACAUGGUCACUGGACUCACCCUGCUCAAGAAGACCCUCUUCUUCAUCCAGCAGCUCACACGAGACAUGGUACCCACUGAUGUGUCCCUGUUCAAGCAGAAGUUUCUACUGGAUUUCAGUGGCCUCAACCUCAUCCUGUUCUGGAGCUUCUAUAACAAACUCCGGGAGAUUGAGGGAGAGGAGGUGAUGAAGAGCAGAGUGCUGGUGCUCCAGCUGCUCCAGAACUGUUUCGCCGUGCUGCCCAGCCCCAGCUCGCUGGAAUUCAGGGGCCUAGAGGAGAGCAGGGGGACUGAGGAUGGAGCAGUAACCUCAGCAUCAGCCUCUGCAUCCCCGUCCACAUCCAGCAGUAGCGAGCCAGACUCUGCCAGGGCAGUGUGCGAGCUCUACACCCACCUCUGUCAAAUUGUAGAUGGUCCGGAGGCUGAGGGGACAGUGGACAAAGCCCUGAGGAAGGAGGCAGUGAAAGCCGUUCUGAACGGAGCGGCCAUCUUCUUCCCAGACAAACAAAGCAGAAGAGACAAACUCUUCCACAUGAUGAAAAACAUCACAGAGGAGGAUCAGCCAGAGUCUGUGAAGUUGACGUUUGAAUCGCUUUGUAAUUACUUCAGUGACCAAGAUCCCAGUGGCCUUCUCCUGCUCCCUCCAAAAGGAGCUCCUUCAGACUUUGACAUCAGCCCCAUCCUCAGUGUCAUGGAGACCUUGCUACUGGUGGCCACUCGGGAAUGUGAGGUGAUGAUGGUGGAUGUGAGUGGCGGGGCCAGCAGGAAGGUGCUACUGUCUCUGUUCUGGGCUCUGCAGGGCAGCCUGCUCUCCUGGUGUUACCUGCAACUCAAAGGAGGGGCUGCUGCAGCCCCCACCGCUGCAGACCUGGCCAGAGAUAUUCUCCUAAAAUAUGUGGAUCAGUUCCUGGGCAGCACUAAGACCGUGCUGGGAGACCUGCUGCAGAGAUACAGUGGAGCUGAAAUCACUGACAAACUCAAUGGAUCCAUCCUGGCCAUGGCCACCAGACAGAUGAUGAUCUUCUUGUUGGAGCUGUGUUUCCUGGACAUCCCUCACUGUAUUCUGCUCACCAGUUUCUCCUCUCUGGUUGUGCUGCUGAAAAACCUCUCCAGUGAAACGGCAGACAUCUUCUCUAAGGUGGACCUGGAGAGCUGCCAGCAGCCCCAGCAGCCGGUGGUCCUGAGGACCUGGAACAUGGAGUCUCCUCAUAACUACGAGAACAGCAGACACGAGACCACGAUCUUCGCCUGCCCCGGGGCCACUUCCUUCGAGGUGGAGUUUGACGAACGCAGUGAGACAGAGAAGAGAUACGACUACCUAGAGUUCACAGACGCCAGAGGAGGGAAGGUCCGCUACGACAUGAAGGUUGGGACUGAGAAAUGGCCAAAGAAGGUGACGUUUGAGGCUGGACCCCAGCUGCAGUUCCUGUUCCACUCAGACAGCAGCAACAACGAGUGGGGCUAUAAGUUCACAGUGACGGCCCACGGCCUGCCUGAUAUCACCGUGUCCUGGAUGUCAGACCUACAGCUCCUGGUGGCCCGACUCAUGGGCCGCCUGGCCUCCAGAACCAUGGCCCUCAAAUCACCCCACGAGAUCCGCAGUGUGAAGGAGCUUCCUGCUGGGAAGAUGGCCCACGUCCUGUCCUCUCCUCUGUGGAAGCCUGUCUUCAGACACGGACUCAUUGAAUCUCCCCACGUCCACACAGAUGAGGUGAAGACAUGCCAGCCAGGUUGUUCUGAUUGUUUCAUGAGAUUCUGUGACGACUUUGGUCACUGGAACCCGACAGAGGAGCCACUAGACAGCAGGACUCAGUUGAUGAAAAGCCUCAUGCUGGCCUGCAAGAAGCAGCCAAUUAGGAACGAGAUAGUUGCGGGGUGGAAGGCUGACAUGGCGGUGAAUGCCAUCUUUGCAGCCAUGAUUUACCAUACGCCAGCCCUCAACCAAGCUCUCAGGAUCUAUGUAGCCAGCCAGGGUGGUCAGGCGAGUCUGAGUGAAGACUUUGUGCAGGUCUUCUCACUGGCUGAGAGCAUCAAAACAUGGAUGUUGGAGAUGAAGCAGCGGUAUCUGGUGGGCAAAAUGAAUGUCUCUGAGGAGGAGAAGGAGGAGGGCCACUGUGAAGUAACCAUGGAUGGUCUUGCUGAGAUGGUCCUUGGGAAGGCCAAUCUUUUGUUGAGAUUCCCCCCCAGUGGCGCUUCUUCUCGCUUGGACACCGACUUCUCCAGGGUAGCAGAGGGCAGCGCUGUCCUCCUCCGCUCCACCUCCAUAUCAGAGGGGGACUUCCAGCCGAGCACCUCGUUGGGAACCCAGUCCUCCCAGGCAGCAGGCUCUGAGAUGGGGGGCUGUGAGGCGAGGUCUGGAGCUGUGGGCACAGUGCCUGGACCAGGCUGCCCUCAUUCUUUCAGGGUCCAUCCCCAAGGUUCGACAGCUUCUGACCCAGGGCCGGGCCCAUCCAGCCAGGGCCUCCUGGGAUCCACAGAGAGCCUGUCUUACCAGCCAGGGGCAGCAGAGCCUGCCUCCCCCUCCACCUUCCCCCGGAAGGCUCCCUCCUUCAGCCGGGGCCGCCUCCGCCUCCUCUCCUUGCGCUCCGUGGAAGAGCCUCGCUCUGCCCCCUCUAUCAAGGAACGCUACCCUCUCCUCAAACACAUCAUCAACUUCAUGAAGGACCAGACACUGACUACUGUCAGUGUCCGGCAGACGCUGUCCUUGAACAAGGCCCAGGCUCAGAGUGUGUGUAAGGUACUGGAGACGGUGCAGCAGUGUUUACUGUCCCUGGGGAAACCACACCUCUUCCAGGCCCCCUGCAUUCUGUUCCUACAGGAACUGCUGGCCUGCCAGAAAGACUUCACCAGUUAUUUCUCCCAGUUGUCUGGAAGUGGGCAGGAGCUGAGAGAGAAGGUGAGGAGGUCCUACCAUCGACUAGUCCUCAUGCUGGUGGAGGCAGUACAAGGCUUCAGCAGUCUCAACGAGAAGGUCCUGCUGCCUGCCCUUUCCUGUGUUCAGACAUGCCUGCUGCAUCUCCUGGACAUGAGCUGGGAGGUGCAGGACCUCCCCCUGUUCCUCCAGAUCAAACUACCUGACCUCCUCCUCACCAUGUCCCAGGAGAACAUCAGCGUGCACGACAUUGCCAUCAGUCAGUGGACGGAGGAGGAUGAGAUAGCAGACUACAAGAAGAACCGGGACUGGAUGGACGAGUGUGUGGACGGGAUGUUUGAGAAGUGGUAUGACAAGAUUGACGAGGAGGGUUCCAUGGAGGACAGGAGAAAGAUGCACAUGUUCAUAGCUCGUUAUUGCGACCUGCUCAACGUGGUGAUCUCCUGUGAUGGCUGUGAGAGGAUGGCCCCCUGGCACCGGUACCGCUGUCUGCAGUGUAUGGACAUGGACCUGUGCAAGACCUGCUUCCUCAGUGGUGCCAAACCCGAGGGUCACGAGGACGACCAUGAGAUGGUGAACAUGGAGUAUGCGUGUGACCACUGCCAGGGCCUCAUUGUGGGCAGCAGGAUUAACUGUAAUGUCUGUGAAGACUUUGACCUCUGCUUCGGCUGCUACAAUGCCAAGAAAUACCCCGACAGUCACCUCCCGACCCAUCGGAUCACCGUCUGUCCCAUGGUGACCAUCAGGAUCAGUGACCGCCACCGUCUCAUCCAGCCCUACAUCCACAACUACUCCUGGCUGCUGUUUGCUGCCUUGGCCCUGUACACCUCAGACCUGAGCAGCGAGAGACAGCAGGAGGGGGAGCCUCUGGGGCCAGACACCCUGACCCAGGCCUCCGCCCUGCAGACACGCUGCUCGCAGCUCAUUACCGAGUGCCUGCUCAAGGGACAGACUGGCAAAGGUCUGCGGUCCUCUGCCCUGCUGUCCCUGCUGGCCUCUAAUGAGUCAGAGAGUGAGCUGUGUCCUGAGUCACCCUCCCAGGAGCUCAGCAUCAACACCACCACAGAAGACACAUCCUCUCUGCCUGGCUCCACCACUGCUAUCUGCUCACCACUGCCCUCUAGGGACAAGAGUAAAGCCCAGGGGAAGGAGAAAGGGAAGGAGAAGGAGGUGCAGUCUCCCCCUGCUGCCCUGGAGGUGUGCUCCACGUCAGAGGGAGAAGGAGGACAGGAGAAGGGGAAGAAGAAGCUGGUGAAGCAGGACACCCUAGACUCGUCCAGCCUCAGCCAGACCCCGUCUCUGUCCAGCGAGGGAACACUCUCUCCCGUGGUCAGAGCUCCAGAGUCGAUCUCAGAGACCAUCACCUCUCCAACGCCUGAGGACAUAGAAGAGAUGAGAGAGAUGAUGAAGGAGAGGGAUGAGAAGAUGGAGAAGAUGGCCAAGGUGCCCAUCCAGGAGCAUGUGUUUGCAGAGUGCUCCAGAGAGAGGAUCCUUGGGCUGCUAGCUGCCAUGCUGCCUCCAGCCAAACCUGGCUCCACCCUUGCUCUGUCCAGCCUGAGCCCCAUCCUGCCCCAGCUCUUCAGGGUGGUCAUCUCCAAUGCCGGGUGUCUGAACGAGACCUACCACCUGACCCUUGGUCUCCUGGGGCAGCUGCUGCUGAGGAUACCACCCCUGGAGGCGGACGUGGCCGUCAGAGAGGCCCUAGCCGAUAAGUACGAGCUGCUCACCCCUGGAGAGGGGGCUGCCUCCGGGGCUGACACACAGGGCUGGAAGACCACCCAGCUACUUUUCAGCCUGGGGGCUGUCUGUCUGGACAGUCGUAUAGGUCUGGACUGGGCGUGUUCGGUGGCUGAUAUCCUGCGGAGCCUGAACGCCUGUCCCCAGUGGAGUGUUGUCAUAGCAGCCUUCACUGACCACUGUGUCCGGCAACUACCACAAACGCUCAAACGCACCAACCUCUUCACCCUGCUGGUGCUGGUCGGCUUCCCUGAGGUGCUGUGUAUGGGCACCCAGUCAGUGUUCAUAGACAAUGCCAACGAGCAGCAUCAUAUGAUACUACUCAAGCACUUCACCGAGAAGAACCACGCUGCUGUGGUGGAUGUCAAGACCCGCAAGAGAAAGACAGUGAAGGACUACCAGCUGAUCCAGCCGCAGGACUCCAGUGCUACAGGCUCCCACAGCCCAGGGUCCCAGGUCCAGGGCCUAGGUCAGGGUCAGGGACCCCCCCAGGCCCAGCUAACCCGCUACCUCAGUAACUUCACCUCCAUCAUCAGCCACCUGCUGCAGAGCAGUCAGGACAGCAGCACCCCCGACGCUGUGGAGGCCUCCUGGGUCGUCUCACUCGCCCUCAAGGGCCUCUACAACACACUCAAGAAGCACGGCGUUGCUGAGGCCCAGGAGGCCAUCCAACAAUCCGGUCUGACCCAGCUCCUGGUGAGGAAGUGCAGUAAGGGGACAGGCUUCAGUAAGCUGUGGCUGCUCCGAGACCUGGAGAUCCUCUCCAUAAUGCUCUACUCCUCCAAGAGAGAGAUCCACAGCAUGGCCCAGGGCCAGGACGGGGAGAGGGAGGAGAAGGAGCAAGACAAGGAACAUGACUCGGACCACUCUAGUUGUUGUGCCGACGACCCCGACCCCAACCGGCCUGACCCACUGGAGGGGCUCGACGAAGAGACUAAGAUUUGCUUCCAGAUUACCCAUGAUGCCUUAAACGCGCCCCUGCACAUCCUGCGGGCCAUGUACGAGCUGCAGAUGAAGAGAACGGACUCCUUCUUUCUGGAGGUGCAGAAGAGGUUUGAUGGAGACGUGAUCAAGACGGAUGAGACGAUUAGGACGCUGGCUCAGAAGUGGCAGCCCACCAAGAGACCUCGCUCUGAGGAGAGGAGCACCAAGGCCGUGGACACUGACAUGAUCGUCGUGCCCUGUGUGUCCAAGCCCAGUCACUGUGAGAAGGCUACGGAGGAGACCACGGUGGUGACUCAGAAGCUGAUCACCAACACGGAGACUGACCUCCAGCUGAGCUACGCCAAGCAGCGCCGCACCAAGUCCUCCGCCCUGCUGCACAAGGAGCUGGACGCCCGCAGCAACCGCUCUGUCAGACAGUACCUAGUCAAGGUGAACCAGGCCAUCGCCACCCUGUAUGCCCGCCACGUGCUGGCGUCGCUGCUGGCUGACUGGCCCCAGGGGGCGCCACUGAGUGAGGAGGCUCUGGAGCUGAGCGGGGCAUCACACAUGGCCUACAUCCUGGACAUGCUGAUGCAGCUGGAGGAGAGACCACUCUGGGAGAGGAUUCUACAGAAAGUGCUGGUUGGCUGCAGCCAGAGCAUGCUGGGUAGUUUGUCUCUGACAGCGUGUCAGUUCAUGGAGGAGCCUGGCAUGGCCGUGCAAGUCCGGGAGUCCAAACACCCCUACGACAACAACACUAACUUUGAGGACAAGGUGCACAUCCCAGGAGCCAUCUACCUAUCUGUGAAGUUUGACUCCCGCUGUUACACUGAGGAGGGCUGUGAUGAACUUAUCAUGGGCAGCAGCUCUGACUUUCUCCAGGAUCUGCACAACUUCAGCGGCUCCCCACAGAAAUGGACUGACUUCGAGAUCCCUGGGGAUACUCUGCACUACAGGUUCAUCUCAGACAUGAGCAACACAGAGUGGGGAUACAAAUUCACUGUCACUGGGGGACACAGGGGCCGCUUCCAGACAGGUUUUGAGAUCCUAAAACAAAUGUUGGCUGAUGACCAAGUGCUCAGCCACCUCCCAUUGGCUGACAUCUGGGAGUGGCAGGUGGGCGUGGCCUGCCGCCAGACCGGGAACCAAAGACUGAAGGCCAUCCACCUGUUGCUCCGCCUCUUGCUGUGUCAAUCACAGAGGGGCUGUGAGCUGACCCUGCUGAGGCCUCUAUGGCAGCUGUUCAUGACCAUGGAGAGCGGUCUGAGUCAGGACCCCACCAGUAUCACUGUACUGCUGCCCCUACACAGAGCACUCACUGAGCUCUUCUUCAUCGCUGAAGCCAGGGCCAUGGAGGAAGGCAUUCUCCAGGAGUACCUAUUAGCCCUGACCACCAAUGAACAGCUCCUAGCCCGCACAGCACUGGCUCUGAAGAACAUCGCAGCCAUCAGUCUGGCUAUCAAUUAUCCCAAUAAAUCCACCAAGCUGCUCAAUACAUCCCCCUGAGAUUGGAGAGAGAGAGACGGGACAGUGGAGAGAGAGGAGGAGAAAAAGAAAGCUAGCGACUUGAAGGGGUGGAUAUCCUCACAUCCUGUCUCUGCCAGCUCUGAAAGAGGGAUGAAGGGGAUGGAGAGAAAGAAAGAAAGACCCUCUGAAUGUCUUCCUACAACAGCAGAACUGUAAAAGGGAUUCACUCCUUCUUUCCCUGCUUCUAUUCUCUCUCAAUCCCCAUUUCUAUCCUCUCUCAAUCCCCCUGUUUUCCCUCUCUUUAUACUAUUUUUACUGACUGGGGAGAAGGGGGGCUAACUCGACAACAACACAUCACUCUAUCACAAUCCUUUUGCCUUAGGUGAAUACAAUGUAUCAGCAUCGUGUGGGUUUCAAAGAAAGAAGAUGGCCUAGCUGUGUCUCUUUGUUUCAGAUUAAGAUGCUGCAGAAGCCCCUCUGCUAAAGCAAAUUAAGUGUGCCAAAUUUGUCACCUUCCUGUGGAGAAAUAGAAGUUUAUUUUCUGUUUAUUAUUUUUAUUUUUAAACAAAAGCCACUUUGGUUUUAGAAAAUCGGUCGCUCAUGGAGAAAGCGGGUCACCUUGCCUAGCUCCCCGAAUCCCUGUCUCUCUGUGGACAAUGUAGAGCAGAACUAAAAAUACAGCUACAGCCCAGAACAGGAGAGAACAUUUCUGUUUAGGCUCCUGAGUCUCAGAUUUGUCACCAUGGGGAGAGAGAACUGAGCUCCGACCUAACAUCUCCACUGUGUUUUCUCCACAGCUUCCUCCUUUUUGUGAGCAUAGAGGACAACUGUUUUUGGCCCCAGUGUCAUCUGUCUAUAUCACAGUACUUCUUUUAGAGGGUCAUACGGGGUUACUCUGGAAAUAGUCUCAUGUUGUUAUACUUUCUAGUCUCAUUCAUUUGGGAAACAGAAUGGGAGAUUUUGCAAUCUAGGUUCCUCUAUAUAUUGGAUUUCAGUAUAUUCACACAGUAUAUUGGAUUUCAGUAUAUUCACACAGACUAUAGGUAUAUGCACCUGUUGACAUGGUAAAAUGACACAGUGCAUGGACAUGGCACCAAUGUGGUUAACAGGAGAACUCACUUUUGUCGACAGUCACUGGUGUUGGCUAAUUAUGACACGAGUGAAAUGCUCGACCACCACGCACCACUGUAGAGUUGUCUGCAUGACAGUGGUCAUCUAUUGAUGGGGGUUAUAUUAUAUAUUCACACUCUGGCUGUAUACUGUACUGUAGCUUCAAAGGACACACAUGAGGGAAAAGUGUGUUCCUGACAUUUCUGUUCAAAGCUAAGGGAGAACAGGGUUAGUCAGCUGUGUGAUAUGAAGCCCAUUGUACAGCAAACACACACACACCGUAUAAUGUGGCUAGUUUAUUAUAGUAGCCUGGCGGUCCAUGCUUAAUGUGCCAUAACCAACCUCUAGCUUGUGUUCCUUCAUUGUCAUGCUAAAACUACUUGAGAAUUGUCUAUAACACAUACAGUAUGUGGACCUCUCUAUUAAAUAGUGAGUAUUACCUCCACAUAUAAGAACUAUGGAUAUUUGACCUGAAUGACAUGCCAGAUUGAGAUGCGGGCAUGUGAUUGGUUGUGGUCAGAUGGGUGUGUGAGCUUUCUGGAGUGUGAUUGGUUCUCAUCAGAAACAUAUGAACUUCUUAUGUUUCACGAUCACAUUUAGAAUUAAAUUGUUUUUGUUUUAGCUCUUUUGAUCUUUUGUAUUAGUUUUUUUUUUUUACUCCUUUUUUUCCCCCUUUUGAUAAAUUCUCCUGAUCAAAUAGAUUAAAAGCCGAAUGCCCUUUAUUUUAAAACAGCUUCCUUGGGGUGAAUUGGAUCGACGAUUCUAUUGCAGUGGGAUUUAGUACGGUGAUGGAAAUUCAUUGCAAUAUUCCGAGUUCUAUUUUUGUUUAAGUUUUGUGUGUGUGGCAUAAUUUAAUAGGGAAGACGACGGAUGCCAAAGAAUACCCUUUUUGUCAAAUCAUUAAAUGUGUCUGAUAUGAUAUCUCUUCCAACCAGAGCACUUUAUGGAUGUGUUAACAUAACAGCUCUGUAUUGUGUGGAAAUAGGGGAAAGGAAGGAAAACUAUAAGAGAUAAGAGAUGUUCUUUUUAUUUUGGAGGUCCUGUACCGUUAUUGAGAACAGGUUAGAGAGGGUUAGCUGGGUGCUUGCUGACGAUGACACAUGCUGUUGGGUCUCCAGUGUUUUUGUUUACAUGAGCGUCAGCCAGUGUUGAGCAUCUAAAAACGGCCGUCACAUGGCCAACAAGAUGACCCCCAACACGGGCUUCUCUUCCCUCCCAGAGAAUCCAGUUCAACAGCGCCUCACGUAUACUCCCCUAUAUCUUCAUUUGGACAGGGAAGCUAAAAGUUAAAUUUGGCUCUAUAUUUACGAAUUUUGGAUUUGAGAUCAAAUGUUUCAUGAGGCGACAGUACAGAAUAUCCCCUUCUGUUUGAGAUUAUUUUCAUACAUAUCUGUUUCAUUGUUUAGAAAGGAAAGCACUUAAUGUAUCUCACAUCCCCCCCCCCCCCCCAUUUGAAGGUACCAUACGAAUUUGGCCAAAUUCACUUAGUGUAUUAAAGUAGUCAGAAGUUUAGUACUUUGGUCCCAUAUUCCUAGCACUCAAUGACUACAUCAAGCUUGUGACUCUGCAAAAGUGUUGGAUGCGUUUACUAUUUGUUUGGGUUGUUUCUGUUGUGUCCAAUAGAAAUGAAUGGUAAAUAAUGAAUUAUUAUAUGAGUAAUGAAUCCACUUUAAUUGUAAAUAAGAAUAGAGUAGGUUUCUGAACACACUUAGGUGGAUGCUACCAUGAUUACGGAUAAUCAUGAAUGAAUCAUGAAUAAUGAUGAGUGAGAAAUUAGAGGCAUCAAUAUUAUAUGCCCCAAAAAAGACUAACUCCCCUUUUAUUGGUAAUGGUGAGAGGUUAGCAUGUUUUGGUGGUAUGAUCUUUGUUCCUCUGUAACUUUGUCGCUCAUCAUUAUUAACGAUUCAUUUAUGAUUAUCCGUAAUCAUGGUCACAUUCACAUUAAUGUAGAGGUGUUCAGAAACAUUUAUAUUCUUAUUUACAAUAAAAGUGAUUCCAAAAUCACAGAUUACAUUAUUUACAUUCAUUUCUCUUGGCCAAAACCAACUGCAAAUGCAUCCAAGAAGUUUGACGUAGUCAUAGCUUGAUGUAGUCAUUGCAUACUAGUAAUAUGGGACCAAAUACUGAGACAGGAAAUGACUGAUAAUACUUUAACAUUACUUAUUUUAUAAAUUUCCAAUCAUUUUAUACACUAUAAAUACAAAAGUAUGUGGACACCCCUUAAAAUGUGUGGAUUCGGCUAUUUCAGCCACACCCGUUGCUGACAGGUGUAUAAAAUUGAGCAUAAAGCCAUACAAUCUCCAUAGACAAACAUUGACAGUAGAAUGGCCUUACUGAAUAGCUCCGUGACAUUCAACGUGGCACCGUCAUAAGAUGCCACCUUUCCAACAACUCAGUUCGUCAAAUUUCUGCCCUGCUAGAGCUGUCCCGGUCAACUGUAAGUGUUGUUAUUGUGAAGUGGAAACAUCUAGGAACAACAGUGGCUCAUCUGCGACGUGUUAGGCCACACAAACUCACAGAACGGGACCGCUGAUUGCUGAAGGGAAAAGUGUGUAAAGAUCAUCUGUCCUCGGUUUUGACACUCACUACCGAGUUCCAAACUUCCUCUGGAAUCAACGUCAGCACAAGUACUGGUCGUCUCGAACUUCAUGAAAUGGGUUUCCAUGGCUGAGCAGCCACCCACAAGCCUAAGAUCACCAUGCGCAAUGCCAAGCGUCAGCUGGAGUGGUGUAAAGUCUGCCGCCAUUGGACUCUGGAGCAGUGGAAACGCGUUCUCUGGAGUGAUGAAUCACACUUCACCAUCUGGUAGUCUGUGUUUGGCAGAUGCCAGGAGAACGCUACCUGCCCGAAUGCAGUGCCAACUGUAACGUUUGGUGGAGGAGUAAUAAUGGCCUGGGGCUGUUUUUCAUGGUUCAGGCUAGGCCCCGUAGUUCCACUGAAGGGAAAUCUUAAUGCUUCAGUGUACAAUGACAUUGUAGACAAUUCUGAGCUUGCAACUUUAUAGGGAAGGCCCUUUACUGUUUCAGCAUGACAAUGCCCCCGUGCACAAAGCGAGGUCCAUACAGAAAUGGUUGGUCGAGAUCGGUGUGGAAGAACUUGACUGGGCUGCACAAAGCGCUGACCUCAACCCCAUCGAACACCUUUGGGAUGAAUUGGAACGCUGACUGUGACCCAGGCCUAAUUGCUCAACAUCAGUGCCCGACCUCGCUUGCUCACGACACAGACAUGACACAGACGACGCUGGAUUCCUAUCGAGCAGAUGGUUGUAAAUAAUAUUUUUAUUACGUUGAAAUGACUCUCCGGUUAAGUAGUGAUGCGUGACAUAUGCCUAGUUUCCUGAAAUUAGUCAUACAUAGCUGUACGAUAAAGAAUGCGACCUACACACUUCCUUAAACCUAAAAUGAGUUAAACAGUUUUUUUUAUGUCGAAAACCGACACAAAGCACAUCAGUAGAACAAAUAAAAAUGCAUUUUUGCAGAGCAUCUCCCCUUGUUGAUACGGAGGACGCAUGCCGAUUAAAUGGCAUCACUAAAGUCACAAUAUUUUGGGUAAAGUAAUAAAGGUGAAAUAUUUUGGGUAGAUGUUCCUAAAACGGAUUAACUAUGUAUAGAUGGAUUAUAAAGUAUGACAAUUAUUGUUUAUUGGCGUGUCAUGAAUUUACUGUGAUGUCAUCAUAUUUGUAUAUGGCUUAUUAUACUUUUAUGUACUACUAGAUCAUAUGGAUUGAAAAGUUUAAAAAAUAAUUUUAAAAGCCAAAGGCCAAAGCUUUCUGGGUCGUCUUGGUAGAUUGAUGAAUACAGCCAUAGUACAACAGUGCAAAGCUAAAGAGUACACUGUAAGUGAUUUUGUCCAAAUACUUAUGUCACCUUCAAAUGGGGGCACUGGAUACAUAAAGUGCUUUCAUUUAUGAACUGUAAAACAGAUAUGUAGGAUAAUCCCCUCAAAAAGGUGACGUGGCCUCGUUUAGCAUUUAAUCUCAAAUCCAAAAUGCUGGAGUAUAGAGCCAAAUUAAACGUUUUUAGCUUCAAUGUCCAAAUAUGUAGGGGGGUGUAUCUACAAUGUGCCUACAGUAAAAUAAAAAAUGAAGAAAUCAUAAUUGAACUCUCAUAUAUUAUUGUAAAUGUCUUCAAUUAUAUUUUUAAAGAUAAAUAUAGUUUAAUUUGAGCUUUUUUCUAUCUUCUUACUUUUAAAGGUUUUUGUUUUUUUGUUGAAGUUUAUUUGAAACUGACUUAGGUUUGAAUGUACAUAGUUGUGAAUAUUGUUAAUUGCACAUAGUAAUAAUAAUGCAGGGGAAAAAGAGGAAAGUAUUUCAUAUCAACCCCCAUACAAAGAAGAAUUAUAAUAUAUUCUAUUGUUCUCUAAAGACGAGACAAUUUGAUUCUUUUGAUUUUGUAUGAGUGGCACAUUGGAGAAAAGGGGGUGGGGGGGGUACUGCUUGGAUUGAAUUGUUAUCCGUUUUUAAUUAAAACACAAUUUUGAUGCGGUA